CCUUUUCCCCAUUUUCAUUGAUUCUCUUGCUGCCGGUCCCGUCCCGUCCAGUAGUAUAAUCUUAAUUCCAUAUUUAACAAAACUUUAAGGUCAAAAUGUCGGUACAAACCCUGCUCUUGGACUUCUCUAUCGAGGCCGCCCGAUUGGGAGAUGAAAGCGGUCAGAAAACUGUAUUUGGACAGAUUGAAACAGUACUCAAAGAGUACAUCCCCAACCUUAUUUUAGCCGCUGAUAUUAAAGUUGAUGGUGGAUCUCUGAAAAUAAUGACUGGAAAGAAAGGCACAACCGUAUCAGUAAGAUUGUUUGACCGGGGUCUUGUCACUGUAAAUAUUGAAUAUUACAAGGAAGACAACGAAGAGCCGCUAAUAAGUUUCAAGUCGGCGAGAAUAUUGGAAACACAGCUGAAAAAAUACAUCACUAUCAUAAAAUCGCAAGCUUAUGCCCCGCUAAAAAGGUGCCUGUUCAGCAGGUACUACCCGACAUCAGAUGAAAGGCUCCUGGAAUAUGACAUUGAUGACGUGGUCUUUGACGAGCAGUCCCCUUUCCAACGCGUCCAGAUUGUGCACUCGAAAACAUUAGGCAAUAUGUUGGUGCUAGACGAUUUACAAAAUAUAUCAGAAGCAGAUCUUAUAUACACAGAAACAUUAAUGCAAAGAGGGAAAGAGAAAUAUGAAGGAAAAGAAAUUGUUAUAUUAGGUGGCGGCGACGGUGCACUGCUAUACGAACUCCUCAAGGAGAAGCCCAAGUUCGUAUGGAUGCUCGAAAUAGACGAACUAGUGAUGAGUGCAUGCAACAAACACCUGAGGUCCAUUUGCGGGGACGUUCUUGAGCAACGAAAAGGCCCGCAUUACGAAAUAAUAGUCGAAGACUGCAUGCUGACGAUAAACAAAUUCAUAAAGGACAAAAAGAAGGUUGACUACAUAUUCGGCGACCUCACAGAUAUUCCCAUAUCGGACUCCGCGUGCGGGGAGCUAUGGGAGUUCAUGAUCACGAUACUGGAGUCUGCCUUCAAGAUACUAAAGCCCGACGGGAAAUUUAUGACCCACGGAAAUGGUGCUACUUCCCCGGAGUCACUGGAGCUAUACGAGCAGGAGCUAGCCAAGCUAAAGCCCGCCGUGAAGUUCUCGAAGAGCAAAGCCUUCGUGCCGUCCUUCCUCGAAGACUGGAUCUUCUACCAGAUAGCCUUCGCCAAGCCGGACUACGGCGAUGCCUAACACCUACCAAAGAAUCUGAACUGUUCCUUUACUUCACACAGUUACUAAGUCAUACUCGUAUUACCACUAAUUUUAAUGUACCUAUUCUGUGACAUCUCAUAAUUUGAAAACCUUUCCUAUUUGACCAACAGAUGUACAGUUUAUAUUAUUAAUUAAGUCGUGAUCCAGAUUUGAUUUCACAGUAGUAUUAAAUUAUUAAUUGCUAUACCUCAACUGAUGUUCCUUUUUUUCGAGGCAGUAAAAGUAAGAUAAGAAAUAUCACUAUGUACAAAACGUUUACAAAGAAUAUUAAGGAAUUGUCAGUAUUUUAACUUAAGGCUUAUGAGCAUACUAUAGUUUGCCAUUAGAGGUUGAUGGAUCACAUCCAACAAAUGUCUUAACAAUAUUAGUUUUAGGUGUGCUGUUUUAGUAUUAAGACAAAUUUUAAUUUGCAUUUUCGCAAAAGCUUUAUACAACAAUUUGUUAUAACAUUAGUUUUCUGUGUUUGUCGAAUUAGUUUAUAAUUUACUGUUGCUAUUAAUUUGUGCGGAAUUCAUUUGUUUGUUUUAUGGUUAAU